AUGGAUGGUGAUUUGCUGUUAUACAGCAUCAAUAAAUUCGAUGCACCUCGAACGGUGAUUGCGAAUGACUUGGAUCUGCGUGCUCGUAUCAUCCACGAGUACCAUGAUGCCCCAAUUGGCGGUCAUCUGGGCCGCGAAAAGACAUUCGCGGCUGUCUCACGUGACUUCUUCUGGCCCCACAUGUACAAGUGGGUUCGCAACUGGGUUCGCACCUGCGAAAUAUGUCAGCGCGUGAAGCCAUCUCCAUCGUCGCAGGCACCCCUGCGACCCCUGCCAAUUGCAGCUGAGGCUUGGCGCUCAGUUUCUAUGGACUUUAUCUUCGGGCUUGCACCCGAUGGCCAAGACCGAACGGGUAUUCUGGUCUUUGUGGACAGAUUCAGCAAAAUGACACAUCUGGUGCCUGUUCAUGCAACGAUCACCGCGGCUGAGACCGCGGUGCAAUUCAUUGACACUGUGUUUCGCCAUCACGGUCUACCAGACAACAUUGUCUCGGACCGUGAUCCUCGUUUUACAUCUGCUUUUUGGACGUCAUUGUUCGAGUUCCUUGGCACAAAGCUGCAAAUGUCGACAGCAGCCCAUCCGGAAACGGAUGGGCAAACAGAGAGAAUUAAUUGGGUCCUCGAAGAUGUUCUUCGAAGUUACGCAACUUCCUUUACGAGUUGGAGUGAAUUUUCGCCACUCGCGGAGUUUGCACUCAACAACGCGGUUCACGCGUCAACGGGGUUGACGCCAUUUUUUGCAAAUUUGGCCCGUCAUCCUCGUGUACUUACUCUUCUUGCCGUGGGUCAACCCACGGCUCUUCGUGGCUACACUCUGGUGGGGGGUGAUAGUGGUAAACAACGAUCGAGUGCAUCUCGCGGUAUUCUGAGCGCGAUUGUUGUCACCCAAUCUAAGGUGAAGCCUUUUGUUUUGACGCCACGUGACGUGGCGUCCCCGCUAGCUCCAUGGACUGCACAGACGCUGAUUGACCCUUCUUCGGGUAUGCGAAGACCUCAAGCCAACUACGCGCCGAUUGAAUCGGCGCGACCAUUUGAUGACAUGGCUGUGUCAGAGUUUAUACUCCAACGUCAAGCCAUCACGAGGUUUGUACGCGAUACUCUUCGAUCUGCAGUGGAUAAAAACAGAAAGCGAAUGCAGACAAACGUGGCAGAAAGAACACAAGCGCGAGCAAACUCGCGUACGUUCCAUCGGACCACUUACGGUACUCAAGGCGAUCGGCGACGCAUACACGCUGUACACCCCCUUCGUCACUGCGACUUCACCCGACGUUUUACGUUGGGCGGCCCAAGGAGUAUCGUCCAGAUACGCUUCACGGGUUGGCUUCGUCCUCAGAGUCAAAGGCUCAUAGGUCGACUUUCCCUCUCGACUUGCUCGACGUGCCAGCGACAUCGGACGCGGCUGCGUCCAAGCCUGCGCGUGCCCAAAAACCUGGCGUUCCAGGUUCCGCAUCCGUUUAAGCAGCUCGCGGUUCGACUGUCGAAUCUCGCUCGCUGUUUUCUCAGCCCGCGCAGCUUGAUCAAGGGCAGCUUCAGCUUCCAGCUGGGCAUCGACAGCCUUGUUCAGAACCGCUCCUACAUCUUCUUAAGCAACCAGGACGCCAGCGGUACCAUCGCGAGGGCCCACCACCGCUUGUGGACGCGGAAGGUCAGCAGCGCUGGAUCGUGGAACGCUUAUUGGGUCACGAGGCCCUCGUCGCGACUCCAUGAGCGCACGGUUUCAACCGCACGCAAGUAUCGUGUACGUUGGCUCGGGUUUCCACCCGAUCGGGAUACGUGGGAGCCGUGCUCUUCGCUUCUUCGAGACAUUCCAGAAGUCGUUCGGGCUUAUGAGUCCGUGCAUACGCUUGGUCCAGAUUCGGUCGACGAAUUGAGUGUUCUCACGGUGAGCGAGAACGAGACGAACGACGACUGUGUCGUGGUGAAGCGUCACCACGACUACGAGACCAAGAGCGAUUGCGAGAACGUCGUGGUGAAACGUUACUGCGACGACGAGAUAGAGAAAGACGACGAGAACGUCGUGUUGAACGUGUAUCGCCAAGACCACGCAAACGAGAACGAUGUGGCGAGCGCGUGGCACCAUGACCCCGAGAACGCGAGUGGUGUCGCCAGCGUAACACGCCACGAUGAACCUCGGUUUUGCGCUCCAGCAAGCUGCGCUCAUACCGUCCGAUCCAGAGCUGUUUAUAUUCGCUGA